AAAAAGAAAGGUCGUCUCCUUCGACUCGCCCCCUCGCUGCCCAAAUCCGGCGCUCCGCUUCUUGCUGCACCGGCUUGACUGGGGCCCGAUUUCUUCCUCGGUUUACACUGCCAGCCCGCUUCACUUUUGUACUUCGGGACAAAGGGAGGAGCGAGGAGAGAGCUGAAAGCGAAAGUGGAUCUCUGGUGCUUUUGCCUUUAACAGACGGCGCCCAACCCGACGGGGUUUCAAGCUGCUGCCUUCUUUUCCCCGCAGCCGUCGGGGACAAGUUUUGCAGCGGAGUCAGACUUCUCUUUGUUCCCUUUCUCCUCGCCAUUUCUUUCUACGAGGAAGGAAGAGCGCCCGAUGGCGGCGGCAGCGGAGGAGAGGACCGUACGCGACCGCCUUGCGGACGCCCUGGAGGACUUGAAGGAGUACGAUCUGAAGCAGUUCAAGUUCCAUCUGAACGCGCUCCCGGCCGAGGAGGGCUACAGGAGCAUCCCCAAGGGGCGGCUGCAGAAGGCGGAUGUCUUCGACCUGUAUCGACUGCUGCUCGGCUACUACGCCGAGGAUGGCGCUAUAGAGGUGACGCUCAAGGUGCUGGAAUGCAUCAACCGGAGAGACCUGCGGGAGAAGCUCCUGCAAGUCAAAGGCGGCGGUGGUGGUCAGCUUGAUGGCUGCUUUGGUCAGGGGCAAUGGCAGGGAGGAAACAGGAACAUUGGUGGAAGAGGUUCCUCCGUCGCCUGCUGUGGAUUUCCUCCUUUUGAGAGAGAUGUUGCUUCACUUCGUUCUUUGAGAGAUCCUUCCUUCUCUCUCCGGCUCUUCACUUCAUUUGACAGCUGUGGGAUGGGAGACUUCAGGUUUGCAUCCACUAGAACGGAGAUAGUCGAUGGCAAAAGCAUUACUAGGAGGAGGAUGGUUGAAAAUGGACAAGAAAGAGUAGACAUUGAAGUUGACCAAUCAAAUACUUUAGCUAUAAAUGAAUCAUCUGCAACCAUCGGAGAGACAGAGACCAUUGCGAGUUGCAAGAACUUAAAAAUCAAGGUUACUGAAGUGCUGGAUGGAGAGUUAUCUCAUUUGGUAGAGACGAAAGACAAUAUGGCAGGAAAGGUUUCAUCAGGAACAAACACCAGGAGGAGUAUAGUGAUGAAGACCAUCCGCAACUGCCUUUUGGACACCCUGGAGAACUUGGAAGAAUACAAUUUUAGGAAAUUCAGGUACCAUCUCAACUUGCUCCCAGUCAAGGAGGGCUACAGCAACAUCCCCAGAGGGCGAUUGGAGAAGGCCGAUUGCAUUGACCUGACCCGGCUGCUGCUUGGCUACUACACCGAGCAUUACGCUGUGGAGGUGGUCCUCAUGGUGUUGAAAUCCAUCAACCGAAGAGAUCUGGAGAGGAAUCUCCUGGAAAUCACAGAGAAAGAUGGCUGGCGUGGUCAUGGACAAUGGCAGUGUGGAAACAGAAACGGAGAUGGAAGUGGGUCCUUUGUUGCCUCCUGUAGAUUUCCUUCCUUCGGGAGGGAUUUUACUUCACUUCGCUAUUUGAGACAAGGGGGUCUUAUUUCAUUCUCUCUCUCACUCUCUGCAUCAUUUGAUGCUCUUGGGGUGGGAGAUUUCAAGUGUGUAUCCACUUCGACCGAAAUGGUUGGCGGCAGAAAACGCAUCAGAAAGAGAAUGAUUGAGAAUGGACAAGAGAAUGAAGAAGUUGAAGACAUUGACGAGUUAAACCCUUUGGCUAUAAUAGGGUCACCUGUAAUGAGAUUUCCAGAGGCAGCUGCAAAUUUCCAGAAUUUAAGAAAUGAGCUCUCCCACAUGCUAGCAGGAGAUGUAUCUGUAAUUGAAGAGGAGGAUCUGGGGAGAGAAGUUUCAUCGGGAGGAGCCGCCAAAAGAUCUGCUUUGUGCACAAGUCAGAAUGGAGAGACUUUGCCAGGGGCACAAGCUGCUUCGAAAAGGACGCCUGGUCUGGAGAUGUUCCACGAGUGGAUCCCCCAGAACUGCUUGAAGAACUUGCAACACAUCGGCAGCGGGGGCUUUGGUACUGUCUUCCGAGCUCAGCACAAAGAAAAGGGGAUUGUGGCGUUGAAGAUGUUCCACCGCACCAAUGCACCCAGCGCGAAUGUGUCCUGCAUCCGACAGCAAGCCCUGAAUGAAGCCCGCUUCAUGGAUGAGGCCUCUUUCGCCCCCAUCCCUCGUCUUUAUGGUCUCUACGAGAAGGGAAAUGAAGUGGGCCUAGUGAUGGAGUAUGUGGAGAACGGCAACUUGUCUGGCUUGCUGUCCAGUGCCUUGCCCUGGGCCCUGCGAAUCCGCAUCCUCUACCAGGUAGCCCUGGGGAUAGACUUCCUGCACUGCCUCCAUCCUCCGCGGUUCCACCUGGAUCUCAAGCCCAGCAACAUCCUGCUGGAUGAAGCUCUGAAUGUGAAGGUGGCCGAUUUUGGCUUGUCCAAGUUUGGGACGUCUCGGCGCUCCCCUCUCCCCUCUGAAAGCGCAGAAGUAUCUGGCGGGACGCUCGAAUACAUGCCCCCCGAAGCCUUUGCCGAGUCCUACAAGCCAGACCCAGCCACAGAUGUCUACAGCUAUGGGAUCCUCAUGUUCUCAGUGUUAACCGGCAAGGAACCUUAUCCAUCCAACCCUCAGAGAGACACCUCCAUCUUCGGAAUGCAAAUCCAAGAGAAUCAAAGGCCAAACACCCGGGAGCUGGAGGGGAAGAUACACCAGGUGGAGAAACUGGAAAAUCUGAUCGGCUUAAUGAAAAGGUGCUGGCAGAAAGAAAAGGCCCAGAGACCAUCCUUCAAGGUUUGCAGCCAAGAGAUGGAGGAAAUCUAUUCCUGCUACAUGCCGCACAUUGAGACUGCUGUUCGUGAAGUCCAGGAUAGUUUGGAAAAAGCAAAAGCCCUCCCUUUAAGGGUCGCUGAGGACCAGGCUGGAUAUCAGAGUAGAAGAAAGCGGCCAUGGUCAGAAGUGGACUGUGCCAUGCCCUGUGCCAUGGAGUCGAAAGAGGAUUCGGAGAGAGACGCUUCUUCAAUAACAGCUACCAAAGGCUCCAUAUGUUUGGAAUCUCUGCCUUCUGGUGAAAAGCCUGCUGAUCGUAUAAAGAAGUCUAAAGGGAAGUUAACAGAAAAUUUUGCUCUUCAAAGAAACCGAGAGGCAUUCCUGAAUAUAGCAGAAGAGGACGGUCUUCUCACAAAGGGCGAGUGUUUAUGCCUGAGUCAGAUGGACGAUGCCCAGGAGUUUGUGGAGAGCCUGGUCAACACGGUGCUGGGAAAAAUAGAAUUAAUGCAUGACUUGUUCCUCUACUGUCUGGAAAAGCUAAGACUAUGAGCUUGGAAAGAUCUGCCUAUUUCUGAAUAUUUAGAAAAUGGUGGCUUAUGCACCAUUGCUCUUUUUUAAAGAGCCCAUUGAAGUCAGGGAGAAAAAAAAUCCAAAGCACACAAUUUUCUGCUGCUAUCUUUUUUACUCUCUAUGUGGAAUGCUUUCCAUUUUUUAAAGAAAACAUUACUUCUAAAGUAAUGGAUGCACAAGAAAUUGAUAAAGUGCCAACCAAACUGAGCAAUUAGAUUGGAUAAAAUGCCAGUCAAAUAUAAAAUCAAGGUUGGAAUGAACCUUUCUAAGGAGACUAUUUUAUAUUUGUUUCUCUGUCCCUUUUCAUUCAUCUUUUCAGUUUGCACUUUCCUAGUUUUACCAUCCCAUCCCCCCUCUCUCCCCUAAUGUUACAGCACUAAUAUCGCACAUGGAAUGUUACUGAUCUGCAGAAAAGACUUGACAACCUGAAAAAAAAGAGACAAUGCACGUGUAAACCAAAAUAAAAAGUUUUUUAAAGAAAAGUUUGCACUUUCCUGACAGGUGCCUUGAGCAAUAUCUCUUCUGGGGGACAAAGAGUGUUGGUAAAGUAUUUUAACUUGGGCUAAGUUAAGUUUGUUAUUUGGGGGGUGGAGAGUGUUGUAUUUUCUCCAAAUGUCCCUCAACUCUGUAUAGGGAAGUUUUAAAUGUUUGAUGUCUUACUGUGUUUUAAUUUGUUAGAAGCCGCCCAGGGCAAUCCCUGUCAGAUGGGUGACAUAAACACAA